AUGAAUUCAAAUUUGCAACUAAUCCGUUCGCUGUUACGUGAAAUCCGUCUUACAUCCAGUGAAAGUAAAAUAAAGGAGAACAUUGUCGUGCGUUACAUCAUGGAGCAGGCUAGAGCACAUAAGGAAACUUCCGAGACGCUUUGCAAAGCUCGUGAGGAAUUGCUUCACUUGGCGACUACUUAUAAUUGCUAUUUAAGUUCUCUGAGAACUUAUAAUGAAAUUAACACCCAGUACGCUGGAGCUGGAGAGCGCACUGUUCGCGAGACUGCUGAUCUGGUCGGCUUCAAACUUCCCCACGAUCCAAAGUAA